AAUCCGCCAAAAAUAAAUAUUUUGACCUGAUUUUUACUUCCUCGCUAAGCAAAUUCGUGUCAAUAACUAGAAGAUCCUCGUCACUACCUUCUGUUCUCAAACCCACAUAGGAGGAGACAAAAAAAAUAAAAAAAAAAUGGAGGAGCCUCUUCUGUCUGAACGAAGAAGUGAAUUGGGUGAGAAGGAGAGUGAAAAGUGGAGCUUGUACCAGCACGUGGGAAGAACUGGUUCUGUGAUUCCGACAGCUUCGUUGGCCGGAAAUGAAGUCAGCGUCGAAGAGAUUCGGUCGGCUGCAGCCUUUUCCGAUACUUACCCACCUUCCCUUCAUAGUGCUUUGGUUGGUUCGCCUGAACCCCAUCCUAAUGAGCAAGCUAUUGUACAUCAAGGAGAAUAUGGAGGACAACAUGGGUCAUUUAACAGGCAAAUUUUAGAUGAGGUAGAGAUCCGAGAGUUGCUUAUUGAUCAUGUUGGGCACCGUUGCUGUUGGGGAAGUCGUCCAGCUCGGACCUGGAAAAUUCACGCUGUGGAAGAUUGCAAUGUUUAUGUUGGAACUCUAGAUACUUUCACCGAGGAAAGGGACAUUAUAAGAGAAACAAAGCCUUACCUUGGUGGCCAUAUCGAUGGAAAGGAGAAGGGUCCUGAAUUGGGAAUCUGGGAAUUGGAUUUAAGGUCUCAGUUCCCCGUUUUAUUCACACCUUACAAAGAAUUCCAAGAAAAAAUUCCUCAUUCUGAAACCAUUGACAAAUGCUCAGAUUGUGCCGGACGAGGAGAUAUUAUAUGUAGAGCAUGCAAUGUGGAUCGAGAACCUGGAUUCUAUAAGGAAAAUCAGAUGAGUCAGUGCCCUGCUUGUUACGGAAGGGGUUUAAUUGCUCAUAGGGAUGGAUCUGAUACAAUAUGUACGAAAUGUAAUGGCAAAGGAAAGAUUCCUUGUGCAAAUUGUGGAUCUCGUGGUUUAAUUAAAUGUCAGACAUGCCAUGGGAGUGGUUCUCUUUUGACAUGCAAUAUUGCCAUUGUAAGAUGGAAGACACUUUCAACUAGAAAAGUGAGUGCAACAAGUGGAGCUGCAUCAGUUCCAGAUGAUGUUUUCCACAGAGCUAAAGGUGUCCAGUUAUGCAACACUCAGGCUUAUCAGUGUACUCCGGCCUUCUUUGCUGACUCCUACUUUCUCAAUAACUUUUCUUCCGAAGUUAUAGCAGAAAGAGCUUCUGUAACUCCAACUGCAAGAGUCAUAUGCGAGAGGCAUGCCAUCUCUGUUGUGCCGGUAACGCGUGUCACCAUGUCUCAUCGAGGCCGAUCCUUCAGUUUUUAUAUUAUUGGUUUUACCAGGGAGGUAUACUUAAAGGACUACUAUCCUUCUCGGUUUUGCUGGGGACUGUGUCCUUGCCUGGAGUGGUUGAAGUUGUAGUUUGGACGAAUGGCUAUCUCCAAGACUCAAGGACUACCAUUUCUUUCCGUGUUAUCAAUAUUUGGGUGUUCUGUGGCGUGCUUUGGUGAGAAAUAAUUUAGCAGAUCUCUCUGCUCAUAUAGAUUGGGAGCUGCAUUUUUCUAAUGUCAACGGGUUGUAUAAAAGAGGACAGCUUUUUUCCAAGAACACUGCUUUAUGUUUUUGUUUGUAUAUCCAAUAAAGGGCGUUUUUUGGUGUG